CUUGUGAGGCUAGGAGUCCUACUUAGCCACAUGCUGGUCGAGUCCUGCCGAAGCCUCGUCCUAUCCCUCGCGUCUCUCGCGGUGCUGCCCUCUCGCGCCAUGCCUGCUGAUCUCCUCGGCGAUGCUGAUCUCCUCGGCGACAUCGGGUCUGGCAUUGAUCUGGCAGCGAUGGCGGCGUUCGAGUGCUCGUGCGAUUGGACAGAGCGGUUUCCUUACACUAACUGCUGGUUUGACGACGGCACCGAGUGCUUCAGCUACUGCUGUGCGCCGUCUCCUUCUCCUUCUGCGCCUCCGACACCUCCAAGCUACCCGCCUCCGCUUGCCCCUCCAUCCGCCCCGCCGCUGCCCACGUGUGAGAGAUGCGACGCGGGGACCGAGUGUGGCUACUGCCUCAUGCUCACCAGCCGCUGCUACAUCUCCGAGGCCUGGACGUGGCGCGAUACGUGCAGCAACGCGACCGCGGCGGGAGAGCUCUGCUACGGGGAUGACAGCUGCGGCACCGACAGCGAUGUGAACACUUGCCUCUUGGCCCCGCUCGGAGUCGUCGCGACGUACACGCGGGUCGAUUGCACGUGGGCUCCGCCGUCGCCUCCGUCGCCGUCCCUCCCGCCGCGUCCGCCAGCGGGGCCGGGGGAGUCGGCCUAUCUCCCGGCGCCGCCAUCGCCCGCCACGCCCUCCAACGGAGUCCUGGGUCAGGGGGCGGCGGAUGACGGAGACAGCGGCUUCUUCGGCCCGAUCUCGCUCGCGUGGUCCAUCGUCAUCUUGGUGUGGGCGGUCCUCACGCCCGUGCUCCUCUGUAUCCUGUGCUACUACGCACGGCUCAAGGGGUGGUGGUGCUUCGCAGGCCGUGCGGCCACUGAGCCGCCGCCAAGCACUAACCUCGGCUUUGGAGGCACCCUCGUGAUCGAGGAUGGGCCGGCGCCCGGAGGAAAGAUGCCGAUGCGCACAUCGGCGUGAGCAAGCGUUCGGUGCAGCGAACAGCGCUAUAUCGCGGCAAGAGCCGUAAGUCCAUAGGAGCGAGAGGAGAGAGGGGGUGUGCCUCCGCCGUGUACAAACAAAUCGGGAGAGGGAGGUCUGAGCUGUACCCUAGACCUCUGUGUACUUGUGCCUCCUAUAUACCUCUUUGUGGAGAGCUCGAGUGACACAGUGACAGUCUCUCAUGGUCAUGCCCGCGGCUACAAAU